UUAAUAGCAAAUUAUGCACACGAUCGAUUUUAUUAAUCGUGUAAUAAUAUUUUUAUCUGACCUGUGGCGUUGUUGUUGUUGUUGUUGUUUUUGCUUUUGCCUCACUUGCACGGGGCGUGCGAACACACUACACCCGCCACCACCGAACCACCACCACCAACCACUUCACCUGUGCUACCGUCUCGUUGGGGCCCGAUGCAUCUUCUUCGAACGCACCCCCGUACUACUACUACUACUACUACUACUACUACUACUAUUACUACUGCUACUGCUACUACCACCACCACCAACCAUCACUACUAUUACUACUGCGUCACACCCACGCCGCGAAACGACCGACAAUCUCGAACCGAUCGUAUAUCUCGCCCCCGGGCCUUCUCGACCUCCACCCUCCACCUCCACCGGCGUGUUGCGUCGCGGAUAUACCACCGCUUCUCCACCCCUUUCGAGCGCCUCGCAGGUGGCCACUUGGUACAGGGAGCUGAAGGAGAGCUUCAAUUACGGUUUGUUCUGCCCACCCGUGAAUGGGAAAGCCGGGAAAUUCUUGGACGAGGAACGUCGCCUCGGCGACUAUCCGUUCAACGGGCCCGUCGGAUACUUGGAGCUCAAGUACAAAAGACGGGUCUACAAGAUGCUGCACCUGGAUGAAAAACAGUUGAAGGCGAUGCACACGAGGACGAAUUUGCGAAGGUUGCUCGAGUACGUGGCAAACAGCCAGGUCGAGAAGAUCGCCAAGAUGUGCAGCAAGGGUCUGGAUCCUAAUUUCCACUGCCAGGAAACUGGAGAGACUCCCCUCACCUUGGCCACCACGUUGAAGAAACCCUCGAAGGUGAUAAUAGCCCUGGUGAACGGUGGCGCGUUGCUGGAUUAUCGAACGAAGGAGGGCCUGACGGCGAUGCAUCGCGCCGUCGAGCGGAACAGUUUGGAAGCUGUGAAGACGUUGCUCGAGCUCGGCGCAAGCCCCAAUUAUAAAGACACGAAGGGGCUGACGCCGCUCUACUACAGCGUCAUCUACAAAACCGAUCCGAUGCUGUGCGAAACGCUGCUCCACGACCACGCGACGAUAGGCGCCCAGGAUUUGCAGGGAUGGCAGGAAGUGCAUCAGGCCUGCCGCAACAACUUGGUCCAACACCUGGAUCACUUGCUUUUUUACGGUGCCGACAUGAACGCGCGUAACGCGUCCGGCAACACGCCGUUGCACGUUUGCGCUGUGAACAACACGGACUCGUCGUGCAUACGCCAGUUACUGUUCAGAGGCGCGCAGAAGGACAGCCUGAAUUACGCGAACCAGACGCCCUACCAGGUGGCGGUGAUCGCUGGAAACAUGGAGCUGGCCGAGGUCAUUAAGAAUUAUCAGCCGGAAGAAGUUGUACCGUUUAAAGGGCCGCCACGCUACAACCCGAAACGGCGCUCGGUGGCGUUCGGAGGCACGAUGACCACUAGCUGCUCGGCCAGCAACCUGGGCACCCUGACCAGGAUACCGUCCGCUGAACAACACGGUGAAGAUUCCGCCAGCAUCGUCACAGACAAGAGUCUCGGCGACACAGCUUCCGACGUGAUUAGCGAUAGUUCAGGGGUGGGGACCUCGCAGUCGGACACUACCAAUUCCCUAUCGAUACCGGGGACCACGGUUGUCUGCGUCGAGAGUUAUAACAGCGGGAUACUAGGCCAUCUGAAUAUCAAUCAAGGAGAUAUCUUGGAAGUGACCGGGGCGACCGAUUGCGGCCUUCUCGAGGGUGUUCUCCGUGGACAGGGGACGGGCCUCUUCCCGGCCCACUGCGUGCAAGAGGUCAGGCUUCGCCACACCAACAUUCCGUUGGGUCCUCAGCCUGCGAGGGACGGCCGCAACCCAAGGGUGUUGGGUCGUAGGGAAUCGCAACACAAGUAUUUCGCUACCGCUCCCAGAUUGAAGAAACCAGUUACGUCCGAGCCUCGUACCGUGGUGCUGCAUCGUUCCAGAAAGGGUUUCGGAUUCGUGUUAAGAGGCGCCAAGGCAACCUCGCCUUUGAUGGAGCUGACGCCAUCAGCCAGAUACCCUGCCUUGCAGUACCUGGACGACGUCGAUCAAGGAGGAGUGGCGGAUCUGGCCGGCCUUCGAAAAGGGGAUUACCUUAUCCAAGUAAGCCAUGCCUUCCUUUCUACGGCGUCGCACGAGCACGUAGUGGACCUGAUACGAAAAUCGGGGGAGUUGGUACGAAUGACGGUGGUCUCGCCGGUGAUCAGCCUUCCGAAUUCGCAAUCGGCAGCGCUUCUGCCAACUAGUCAACCGAUUCAGAGACAGUACGCGACCCUCCCGCGGAAAGGUAACAACAACGUGGCGAUAGGGGGUACGCUGGGCAGGUCACCCGCCCCAAUGCCGCCCCGAAGAGAUCCAAAGACGACUCUGAGCGUUGGCCGGGCGCGAGCAAGAUCGAUGGUGGCUGGAUUAGAAGGUGGUGGGGAGAGAGACGAUCGCGAUGAAAUCACAUCGACGGGGGCUAAAUCGAGUAGCGCGGAGUCUAUCCAUCUUCCCCAGCAGCCGUCGACCGGACCCAACACCGGACAAAACACACCGGUACAACCGAGAACGGCCAGUAUCCGAUCGAGGCCCACCUCCAGUAGGAUCACCGCCGCGGAACUGGAGGAACUAUUUCAGCGGCAGCAAGGUAGUGCCAGUGGUCAGUACAGCUCGUCCAUGAUGAGCUCUCACUUUCAAACUGGCCAAGCUACCAAGUCGCAUCCUUCCUCGCCUGCAAAGACCGGCAGGGUAUACGCGAGCGUAGCGGAAAUGAAACGCAAAGGCAAAUUGAACUCGAGGGUGCGAUUCUUCGGUGGAUUGGGCGGUGGUUCCGAUCUUCAUCGAGACUUUCACAGUACGCCGGACUUGAAUGUGCAGGUGCAGUCGUCCAUUUUAGCUCCGAAAGGGCAUAGAAGCCAAGAAGACGUGAACGCGUUGAAUGGAAGAAACGGACUUCCACCACCGAAUCAUCCACCACCACCGCCACCUGUCGGCCAAGUAGUCAAAGUAAACGUGGGCGCUAAUGUGCCGGAUGUAGUCACACCGGCUUCUGUCUACGAUAACAUGGCUCAUAUACAGCAAGUCAAAGAAUUGGCAGCCGCGACAGUGGAUGGAAGUUAUGGCGUGAUGUCGAGUUUCCGACCUUCGAACAGCGCAAAACUGUACGCCUCGCCGGAAGACAUGAAGACUGUGGGGUAUCGUUCCCGUAGCCUGCCAACCCAUACGACCCGUUGUCACGUGAGAAAGUCGCACAGCUUGCGCACCACCAACAACACGACGUUCAAACCGUUAAAUAACCAACAGAACGUGAACAACGCGGUGAGCAACAACAACCAAGUGAACAACAAUCAGUCGGCCAACAACCAAUACGCCCAACCAUUGAAGACGAAUAGAAGUCACAGCACGAUCGGCAUCAGGGAGAGAAAGAAGAAAGGCAUCAGUACCAGUUCCUCGAUCACGAAUCUCUCGUCCGUGGCUAACAACAACACCGGGAACACGGUGGUGGCGGCGAACACGGCACCACCGAUCCCAGAGCCGGAUUACAUCGCGAAGGAAUUGGAGAAGGCGGCUGCGAGGGAAAAGUUGGAAUCGACUCGAGAAACGUCGGGCAACUCGAACACUUCCGGUUCCAGUUCAUCCGGUAGCAGCUCGUUGCCCCAUUCUUUCAGCGUGGAAGAGAUUCAAAAGGUGAGGACGCAAUUGAAGUCUUCGAAAAGUCAUCCGAACGACUUUCUGCUCCAACAAACGCAGCAAUCCCUGGCCGAGGAUGGUGACAAUAGCUCGAGUGGAGUGAGCUCCGAUCAAGACGUGCCGGUAGGUCCACCGACGGGUUUCGACGACACGACAGCGAGAAAUCUUGCCAACGAAGCUGCCCAGCAUCCGACCACGGUGCUCUCCAGUGUGGCCAGUGUCGAAAAGGAGGCCAAUCCGAAAAGAACGGGCUACGGUGGCAGCGGAUUAUUGACGCGGCACGCAGUCAGCUUGGCCCAAUUACCACCACCGAUCGAGGCGGAUGCCGAGGAGCAGAGCAACGAUCUGUUCGUACCACCGCCACCGGAGUUCAAUGCGGGACCGUCUGCCGGGAAUGGGGACGAAUUGGUAUUUGCACCGCCACCUCAAUUCUGCGACAACAAACAACAAGCGCAACAACAACAACAACAACAACCGCAACCGCAACAGCAACAGAAUCGCGUUAAGAUCAUCGGGGCGAUACCGAAAGUUACCAACAAUCAAGUAAAAGCUUCCGGUGGACGAUUGCAUAAUCAGUGAGGAAGAAUAGUCGCGAACGAUCGCCGAUGAACGGACGCGUUCGGGUCGCGUGAUCACGUUGUUCGAUCACGAUCUGUCAGAGUCAAUUUAAUCUUUCCGUAAUUAACCUUUUUCUCCAUCCGAGAUAAUUGUGCACACAGCGCCAUGUAUCCUGAAUAUCAUCUGUUCCGUCAUUCGGCCGAACGAUUAAACGAAAACCUAUAACGUAAUAAUGCGAUUAUUUGCAAUACAUUUUUUCACCGAUAUAAUAUUUCCCAUGUGGGGAAGGGGCAGUUUUUUAAGAAAAAACAAACGCGCGCGUCGUCCCUAUCGCAACUAUCCAUACUUCGAUCGAGCGCCGUUUGGUGGUGCUCCGGUCAAGGGUCUGUGGUAGUCAAGUGAACGAUGUAUUCAGUGAAUUUUUACCGUAAAACUUAGAAUAUGAAUCGUACGAACCGCAGAUACGUUAGAUUUAAAAAGUCGUGCGUGCAAUGCUUUCUACUUGCGAAACGAUAUAGAACCACAUUCGUAAAUGUCAAAAUACUAUAAAUGUCUCGUGGAAUGGCCUAAGAGGUGAACGAGAGAGAAAAAGAUCUAUAUACCAUACCGUAGUUCGUAAUUAGAGAGAAAAAAGAAAGUAUGCGAGCAACAGAGAGAGAGAGAGAGAGAGAGAGAGGCAGAGACAUAGAAAUAAAAAAACAAAAAAGUAAGAAUAGUUCUAUGAGAUGCGUGUGCAUGUAUGCGAAUGUAGUGCGCGUGUGUAUGUAAGAAACGUAGAGAAUGAAUGUAUAGCGUAUAUCGGUUUGUUUUUCAUAUUUCUAACGAAGUACGACGCGUGUUUAAUACUUUUACAUGUAACGAUCUUUAUCCUUAAACGCCAUCAACUUCUCUCAUUCCAUCGCAUAAAGAAACAAAAUAAAAAAAAAAGGCAUUUUUUCGAAAAACAAUGCAUCGAAAUAU